UUGCCUCGGAGCUGGGAGAGCAGGUCGGAGGAACGGCGUGACGCGUUUUGAGCGGGGCUGCGCUCCCAUUGGGCGGCGCGUCACCGGAAGAGGAAGUCGCGGGGCGUGUGCACACCCACUCGGGGCUCGGGCUGGCUGAGGGGAAAAGCCUCGGGCUGGCUCUGCCUCGGAGGCCGGUUGCCUGGCGUUGGGCUCCAUGCAAUGCGCCGCCUCUCGUAGCGCCAUGCAGCGGGCCGGAGGAGGGGGAGGAGCGGCCGCAUCAGCGGCGGAGCCUGGAGGCGAGGCUGUUGCUGCGGCCGCGGCCUCCUACCGCGUCCUGAGCCGUUUCCUGGGCUACGGCGGCCCCGAGUCCGCCUCAGCCGUGGGCGACGAGGCAACGGGCGGCUUGAGGGGCUCGCAGCUCUUGGUCUUCCGGCCUGGUGAGGCGGCGGUGUCCCCGGCCUUGCCUCCGCCUCAGCAGCCGCCUCCUCCUCCGCCUCCUCCACCGCCAGAGCUGCUUUGCGCCCCUCAGAAAGGAUGCCACUGCCAACCUGCAGCCGGGCGGUGCUGGAACGGCGCGGCCGGCGGCCUACUCUUCCCUCCAGGCGCCGGCCUCGAGUUGCAGCUCGCCGCCUUGGCCCUCGGGACGCCCGGCAAACCCCCCAGCGCUUGCCCUUGCUCGCCUCAGGUCCCGCCGCCUUCGCUGCUGCCUUUGGUGCCGCCGGGGGAGGAAACCAGCGACGCCUUGCUGGUCCUGGAAGCCCUGGGCCCCGAAGAGGAGGAGGAGGACAACGAAGGAGAACAGGCUUCAGCAACAUCAACCACAACAGAAGCCUCCAACCCGGCUAACGUAGCGGGCGGGCGCUACUUUCAAGCCCCCGCGCCGCCUGCCUCUCCCGCCCCGAAGCGGCCCCCCACCCCGUCCAGGAAAGGCUCCUUCAAGGUGCGCCUCAGCCGCCUUUUCCGCACCAAAAGCUGCAGCGGAGCGGCCGCCUCCGGGGGAACGCGUCGGGGAGGGGAAAAGGAACUUCUGCAAGCCGCCGCUGCUUCUGCCGCCCCGGGGAACGCGGGCACAGCGGGGAGCCUUCCCGAUGUUUCCCACCCUGGGUGCCGCGAACCAGACUCGGGCAGAAAGCCAAGACUGAUGCGAACACAAAGUGCCUUUUCUCCCGUUGUUUUUGGUCCCCUCUUCACAGGUGAGACAGUGUCGCUGGUGGAUGUGGAUAUCUCUCAGCGUGGUCUAACGUCUCCACAUCCUCCUACACCACCACCUCCCCCACGACGAAGCCUCAGCCUUUUGGAUGAUAUCAGUGGGACACUGCCUACAUCUGUCUUAGUGGGUCCGAUGGGGUCUUCGUCCCUCCAGUCUUUUCCUCUGCCUCCGCCGCCUCCGCCGCAUGCCCCUGACGCAUUUCCCAGAAUCAUCCCAAUCAGAGCACCGGAAGCAGUACACAGCCAACCUUCACAGCACCUUCAGUGCCCUCUCUAUCGGCCUGACUCAAGCAGUUUCGCAGCAAGUUUGCGGGAGCUAGAAAAAUGUGGUUGGUACUGGGGACCAAUGAACUGGGAAGAUGCUGAAAUGAAGCUGAAAGGGAAACCUGAUGGCUCCUUUUUGGUUCGUGAUAGCUCAGAUCCCCGGUACAUUCUGAGCCUCAGCUUUCGAUCACAGGGUAUUACCCAUCACACCCGAAUGGAGCACUACAGAGGAACUUUCAGUCUUUGGUGUCACCCCAAAUUUGAGGACCGUUGCCAGUCUGUAGUGGAGUUCAUCAAGCGUGCCAUCAUGCACUCCAAAAAUGGGAAGUUCCUGUAUUUCUUGCGAUCCAGGGUUCCAGGUCUCCCUCCAACCCCUGUCCAGCUCCUCUACCCAGUCUCUAGGUUCAGCAAUGUGAAAUCGCUACAGCAUCUUUGCCGCUUCCGGAUAAGACAGCUAGUCCGCAUUGAUCACAUUCCAGAACUACCACUCCCCAAGCCUCUGAUCUCAUACAUCCGCAAGUUCUACUACUAUGACCCCCAGGAGGAGGUCUAUCUCUCACUGAAAGAGGCUCAGCUUGUUUCCAAACAGAAGCAAGAGGCAGACACUUCAACGUAGUGAGGAGUCCUACCCCCAUCUUGCUGCUGUCUCCAAUGGAAUUUGGUCACCAGUAUUGUGUAGCUAUAGAGGCUGCAUUGAAACUGACUCCUGGCAUAGCUUGCUUCCUGGCUGUCUCUUGAGACUCUGGAGAGGGUCCAGGGCACUCGAGAAGAAGCACAGCUGUGCAUUGAAAAAUGGGAGCCACAAUCCCCCCUCAAAAAAAUUCUGGUUCCAUAAAGAUGUUGAAAUCUUCUGAAGCUGGACUACAAGCUCCUGAAAGGAUGGAGAAUGUUAUUUUUCUUGUUAAAUUUCUAUUUUUGGUGCUUCCUUUUCACCUUCUCCCCUUUCUUUUGUGGCAUGGGAAAUAGCAAGCCAAUUUCAUGUUUUGUUUACGUGUUGGUAUGGCGGGGGGAAAUGUGCAGCAGAUUUCUGAGAUUUAAGCGGCAAAAUGGGGUUUGUAGUCCAGUGGUUCUGUUUAAAAAAGACUGCUUGGAAAAGGCAAGUCUGUGCCCAAGCUGGAUAGAGUCUUAUAUACAAUCUGUGGGAGGUAGAGAGAACAGUAAGCUCUGCUGUGCCUCAUGGAAGGUUUGUGGAUGGUGCAAUUGGAAAUCAGAUGAAAAGAAAAAAAAUAUGUUGCCUUUGCUGGAAUGUCUGUAGGACAUAAGUAACGUUCUGAAUCUUUGGCACUUGAUGUUAGCCAGAUGAAUAAUGAAUAGGUAUCUUAUUGGCAUUUCUCUUUUUAUCCCCUCCCCCCUUUAAACACUGGAAUGCCAUCCAAGAGGUGGCUGAUAACAGUAUUGGUAAACCUAUCAAGCAGAUAUGAAAUGCACAGUGGGAAUCCGAAUCUGAUCUUGGUGUUGCAAAUCAGCUUUUGUUCUGUUGCUUCCUAGAACUGAAAGGCAUGUUGCCCUACUGGACAAGCAGAGUGAAAGCUCAGCCGGUGGAAGGAAAUAGCUCUUGAACUCUUUUAAUGAGAGUAAGCAGAUUUUUGAAGCACCUUAGCCCCCAUGAUGCAAGAGAACAAAUGAGGGGAACAGUCAUUUAUGAUCUUCCCGCUCUGUCCAAGAGAGUAUCUGUAACCAACCUUCCUGAGGAAUCUGCUGAUUCUGUGAAAUAAAUACUGUACGUAGUCUGAUUUUUUCACCACCACAAGACAAAAGUUGUCAUUGCAAAAUAAUAUGACCCCCCCUUACACACACACACACACCAACUGCAAUGAUUGUGAUGUUCAAGAGGUACCUCUCUCUCUCUCUCUCUCUCUCUCUCUCUCUCUCUCUCUCUCUCUCUCUCUUUUUUUUUUUUGGAGUCCUAAAAGUCUCUUCUUUCUCAAGAUGCCGGUACUUGGAUUACAUUUCUUGUUUUGUUUUUUUUUAAACUGUGAUAUCUUAUUAAGAUGAUAUUAUUUAUUGUUAGUAAUAUAUUUGUAAAGCAUUUUUCAUAUUCUCUGUCCAAGCAGUUUUACAUUUGUUUCAGCCUCCACUUCUGAAGGUUUCCGUCCUAUAUGCUGGAUAGAGCAAACAGCGUUCAAAGUUGUGGAGACUUGACUUUGAAAUUACCUUAAAAAUUGGCUAGUAGCCCCCCCUCAAGUUAAAUCCUGACCAAACAUACACAAGACCCUUGACAGUGUCUGUUAUUGCUUGUGUCCGCCCCCCCCCCCCAAAAUCAGUAAGUUUAAAGAAAGUUAGACUUUUCUUCUCUCCAUUUAGUACCAUGUGUAUGCAAUGCUAAAAUCAGAUUUUUGGAACUUUUUAUGUUUCCUCUUUGUUAGCUCUCUACUUGGUGGUGAAAAACCUGGCUCUGAGCUGUUUCUGUAUUUACAGCUUGGAUGGCCACCUUUCUGUGUUCUGUUCUACCCCAAAGAAGCUCCUUUUUCGUUGGUACAUUCUUAUCACAUUUUUUUUUACUGUGAGAGGGGUAAAUUCUUAAUGCACUGAGCUGUAAAGCUGAGCCCUUUCCUGAUGGCCCAUCAUCACCUACCAGUUCUCUUGGCAGCUGAGACCGUUGUAUUAGACAUUGGCCAAUGAAGGUGUCGGUGUCUUCUACAGUGGUGAGGAAAGUUAGAUUCCUGGAACUUGUUCAAUUCAUUGUUCUGAUGCACUGGGGAAGGGAUAUGACCCUCUGCUGAGAUGUAUAUGGCUACCUUAAAACUUGGCAAUAUGUAUCAAAACAGUAUCAAGGAAAAUAAUGGUAAAGAUCUUGCUCAUUUGGAACCGAAAGACAUUCCAUGCAAGGUGGGAUCCUAAAUGCACCAAGAAGAUACCCCCCCCCCCCCCGCCAUUUCCAGGGUUUGUAUUUUGAAGUAUCAACACACUGGAAAGACCCAUUUGUUUCAUUCUAACUAGCAAGUGUUGAAGGCGUUUGUGGUUGCAAAGGCAGAUUUUAAGUGCACUGGAAAUAAGCUGUAACAACCUACAAAGAGUUGAGUGAAUGGCUAAUAGUUUGGCUUGUAUGCUGGUUGUUGGAAGUUCUCAUAGUUCUUAAAAACACUGUUUUGUCAUGUCCAUUCUCAACUUGUUUGAAAGGGAAAUCUUACUGAUUCACUAUGGACUUUGGAAUUUAUUUAGCCCUUUUCUACCUCCACCCCACUCCACUCAAAAUACUUUCUUCUUGGUUCAGAUAAGAAGAAAUGAGAACAAACCUAAGGCCUGCACUUGUGUGGUGGUGGUGGUGGAGGAAAUGUUUUUUAAUAUACAGUUCAAACACGCACAAAACAUGCCCUAAAGACCGUACUAGGGGUCUGUUAUCUGCCCAUACCCUUUGGUUGAACUGUGAGCACCUCUAGAACUCCAUUGACUUAACUACUGAGUAGCAAAAGACAGUUGUGUGUAAAUAUCGUUCAGGGAGUAAGUUGGCCUCCCUGGACUACUGUUGUGUUUCUUUUAAGUCUUCUGUGAUGGAUUUCCUAUAAAAAGAGAGCAUGCAUGUGUAUGUGAGAGAAAUUCUUCCUUUAUAAGGUUAUGUGUUGAACUUUCUUUUGAAAAUGGAUGGAUAGAUGUGGGUGAGGUGAGUGUUAGGCAGCAAAUAUUAAAUCCUGCACUCUACCUUUUUAGGGGAAGAGGUUGUCCUCUUAUUAAAACUCUGUUUUGGCAUUUUGUGCUUGUAGCAUCUGUUAUUCUCUAAUAAUAAUUAGCUGGGGAGGUGUUGAUGGUUCUUUAGAAUCAACCACCCCAUUUGAGUUUACUACAUUGAUUGUAUUUAGGUUGGACAUGGAGUUUCUGGACAUAUUUCAAAUUAGAAGUGGGCACCUUUGGCCUUCUUGAUGUUUUGGACUACAGCUCCCACAAUUUCCACACCCCUGUGCUCGAUAUUUGACUUUUGACUUCAAUAAAUAAUGCUCUUCCCUCCCCCAAUAUCUACCACAGGAAGUAAGGAGUAAAUAUCUUCUGGCCAGUAAUAUUUCCUGAUGACAUCAACCUUGGAGGAAAAUGGGAUACUAUUUGACCUUAAUUAUGCUACCUUGGCCGCAUGAAAAAAUAACAGUAUUUCCAUAAGUACUUGAUGUAGGGUUCAGUUGGGAAAAAAAGGCUUUGUUGAUUGACCAAUAGCAGAUGAUUUAUGUCAGAAAUGCAGAAAAGUAUCCUGUGUUGUUUUAUAGAGGUACAGCAAUAGGCUUUUGGGUUUGCUGGAUUUAUAUAUAACUUUAAGCCUGAGAUGAGGUUCAGGUGUAUCUUAAAACAGUCUUGCUCUUAAUUGCUUCAACAUUUUUGAAAAACGUAGGUGCUAACUUGAGGCAAAAAAGAGCAGACCAAGCUCCAUAAAUCAGACUGUUUUUUAUUCUUGUCCUUAAACCCAGUGUCUAUCAUGUUGUUACUCUGCCCCAGCUCAUUUACUUGAUGUUUCUCAAGAAUGAUAAUGAAUGUGUGUGUAUCUGACAUAAUUAAUUUAAUGAGCAGGCUAAAAUGGUCAGACACUAUAGAAAACCUAUGCACUCAUGAAAAGAUUUCAUUUAGUCUUGAAAAGACUGAAUUCCCCUGUGGAGAGAAAUGUGUACUUUCAAAAUGUAAUGGAUUUCAAAUGUUAUUCACUAGAACAGAGGUGUUUGGGCUUCCAAACAACUCUGUUCCAGAUGUUUGGGCCUCCAAUCCCCAGAAGCCCUAGCCAGCUUGUCCAAAGGCCAGGAAUUCUGGGAGCUGUAGUCCAAAAACACCUGGAGGAUCACAUGUUUGAUACCACUGCGCUAGAGGAGAAAAGUAAUCCACUAUAAUGCUGUUGGCAUAAAUGUAGCUUGGACAACUGUAAGAAAACAAUGCAAGAACCAAGUCAACCUGUCCUCAAUUAAAUAAUUAAAUCAAUUUGUUAAUUGUCCAGAAUUUCACAGAACUCUCCAUCAUGCAACAUGAAGAUAUUAUAUGUGGCCACCUUUUUCCCUGAAUGUUUCAGCUUUUUUUCAUUUGCAUUCAUACGACUGUGCCAAGCAAAGAUGUGUGGUAUGCCUAUAUGAGACAACUUGUAUUCAGUCAAGCACUUUUGAGUGUUUCCUUUAAAACAAGUUGCCUGUUAGUUCAGUUACUGUUCUCAUGUUGUUAUGGAGAGCAUCAUUUGAGAGAGGAUGAACAACUUGCUCAAGACCGACACAUAAGUCAGUUGUGCAUUCAAACAGAAGGCGAAAGUUAUGAGGCUAAUUAUUCUCAAUAGCUUCACAACUGCAUCUAGGUCUUUUAGGUAGUGAAGGAGAUUCCUUUGUGUAAAUUUUAUUAUUGUGGUUUAUGUUUUGGUCCAGGAAGGGUAGCUAGAUUACAGCCCACACAAUGCAAUUUAAAACUGUGUAGGUUUGCCCUAAAUUUCAGGCUGAAGCUUUUUCACUUUAUCUUAUCAUCGCAGCUUUUGACCUAUCUUCUUGCCCCCCAUUGUUUCAUCCUUUCUGUAGCCCAUGUGUUGUAGACUACUAGCCACCUGGCAGUCCCUCUUGUCUGCAUGGGCCCAGGAAAGUAAUAGAACUCAGAAGCUUAUCAACCUUUCUGGUUGAUCACAACUCAAAGCUGGUGAGUUGUGAUCAUCCUAUGCACUGAAAAUGGUACUGGGUUUACUGAGACCUCCAUAGGUUUGUGGGGCAGUGAAAUUACUAGACCAGAGCCGUCUAGUCUAGUUUACCUCUGAAAGGGCUACAUGAGCCCAUUUGUGUGACUGCCACUUGUUUCACAUCUUAAGCUAUCUUCAAUGUCAGUGAACAUCUUCAAACAGUUGCAGGGUUUUUUCCCAGGCUGGUGUUGGGUACUAGUCAAUGAAAAAGUCUUUUACAGUAGUGCAAAAACACAUAUGUCUUAUUGUACGUCAGCAUAGAGUUUGCAUUUGGGGCACGUCAUACCAUUUACAGAUUGAAUGCCCAAAAUGCUACAGCUUCACUGUUACCAGUCUUUUUUAGUUAAAGAAGGGGGGUAGAAUACAUGGAAUUAAAUAUGUAUACCUCAGUCAUAACACUGAAAAGCUAGUGUAGGUACACAACUUCAGUGUCUUGUGUGAAUUGAAAGGUUGCAUAUUCCAGGAAAGUUGGUUCAAUACCUUACUGCACUGUUAACAGAUUUUUUUUACAUUGAUUUUGCUCAGUUUCCGAGUAUGCUUUGUGUGUUUGUAUGUGCGUGAGUAUUUAAUUUAUUAAAACAGCUGCUGUAACUUAUUUUCAGAACUAUAAAAGUGUGAAAACAAAACAAAAAUAAUUGAGACUUGCAGGCCAAUCUUAAAAGUUUUGUGCUUGGCAGGAGAGGGACAAAAAGACAUUUUAUAUGAAAAUGAAUGCACUUUGGGUGUGUUUAGACAUUUGGGGGGAGGGGGGUCAGGCUGUUUUAUAGACUGAGUUCUGAAUGGCCUUGUGUGUAUAUAUUGUAUCAAUAGGCACGUUUUUGGUUUCUCAUUUGAAAGCAUUUGUAACUGCUGCAGGGUCCUGUCUGUAAAAUGGAUGUAUUGAAUAAGUUUGCCUCAUAGUUGGGGUGGAACGUUUUUCUUUAUCUCUCUUUUGUUUCCUCCUUUUUGGGUAAAUUUUGUCAACCAUGGGAGAGAACUUUGCCCCUCUCCUGUUUGUAUCUCAUUUCUAUUGUGGGUUGUUUUUUUGUUUGUUCUAUUGGCCUAUGGGUGGUUGUUCGACAGGGUUGGUGGGGAGAGAGGGGUUUGAAAUAAAAUACUUAAACAGA